CCUUGUUGCCUGAACCCUCGUCGCCUGGUCGGACGCCCAAGUACCCACCCCCGCCGUUGCUGUUCCUGGCGUUUCCUUCCUUCUUUCGCGUCGAUACAUCCAUCGCAGCUAGAAUUUCCAGUGGAAUUCGCUCCUUUUCCGAUUUUCCAAUAUAUCUUCACACUCCCUUACCGUUCCCACCCGGACGUCGGGCAGCGGCCAGUUGCGUUACCACGUGGUUCCAAUGCCCGUGAUCCCAUAAGUCGUGCCUUCGUGCGGAAAUCCUGAGAAACGCUCCCUUCAAAUCAUAGUUGUGACUGCUUAGAAACGUAGCAAACAUGGCGAGGCCACGGAUUGUACGGGCUGACACCCUUGACCUCCAAGACCACAACGCUCCUUCAGCUAAAGAUCACACGCGGCAACCUACUCACUCAUCUGGAGUCGCUCCUCACCAGGAGCAAACCCUUCGCCAUGCGGACGAGGAUAUUAAAUCCGAAAUGAUGCACGGUCCCGGCGCCGAAGACGGCCAUCCGGAAGCUGGAUACGGCGAUGGGAUUGAUAUAUACGAUGACGAUGAUGAUAUUGAGGAAGUGGACGAACUGGGACACCAUCAUCAUCACAAGGGUGAUUCUGGGGGUUCCGAAGAAGGCGAUCUUGCGGAUGGGGAAAGCGACGACAUGAUGGACGACGAUCUCAUGGACAAGAUCUCAAGCUCUCCAUCGAUUGAUGACGAGGACAUCGAUUUUGAAUUUGUUUAUGCCCUUCACAACUUUUUUGCCACCGUUGACGGACAAGCAAAUGCGGCGAAGGGUGAUACUAUGGUUCUCUUGGACGAUAGCAACAGCUACUGGUGGCUUGUUAGGAUCGUGAAGGAUGGCAGUAUUGGUUACUUGCCAGCCGAACACAUUGAGACGCCCACGGAGAGGUUGGCGAGAUUGAAUAAACACAGAAACGUAGAUUUGUCCGCAACCAUGCUUGGCGACAAUUCGGAAAAGUCCAAGAAUCCGCUGAAGAAAGCAAUGCGCCGCAGAAAUGCGAAGACCGUUACUUUCACAAGCCCAACUUACAUCGAGGCAUCUGAUGUAGAAUACUCAACCGAAGAGGAAAUGGACGACGAUAUGUCUUUCCAAGACGAAGAUAUGGCCCGGGAAGAUGCGGAUCACUUACAGGAUGGUCAAAAUGAAGACAUUGUCGUCAAGCCUCUCAGGCCCAAGUCGAAGGAUAGAGGAUUCGAAGAAGACGACAUUCAGGAAGUGCAAGAGCCUGACAGCGCUGGUCUCGACAAACAGCGGUCCAGCCAGGAAAUAUUCGAAACGGAAGCGGACAAUGCUGUCAGCAGGUCCAGAAAUGGCACUGUGCGGAAUACAGACUCCUUUUUCAAGGACGAUACUGUUGAAACUAAGAAGAUCUCUCUGACACCCAACCUGCUUCGAGAUGAGAACUCAUCCGGUGAGGCGAAAGAGAGUCGCGGCAGCAUGGAGGCGAUCGACAAGGCGCUCAGCGCUAUUGACAAGAACAAGGAUGACAAAAAACGCAAAGACAAGAAGCCAGGAAUGCUCAGCGGUCUGUUCAAAAGGAAGGACAAAAAGACCAAGUCUAACGAUGAGGACACGGAUGAAGCGGAAAAGACCUCAACGGAGCUGUCUCGGACGUCCCCACAACCGAAGACAUCGUCGGAUUCUUUGUCCUCUCCCGAAUCUGCUCGAUCGCCUAAACCCUUGGUGGUGCAGAGACAGACCAGCAAGUUGCAGAAGCAACCCCCUUCGGCUAUGUCUCCAAUUAGGCAAGACUUAAUCCAGGAAUCUGGUCUUCAAAGUCCCAUCGAUGCUAGAGAAGAGCCGCGGCCAAUUAUGAGUUCGAAGGAUCAAACCAUCCGACAAGUAACAUCGGAAGAGGAUGACGAUAUCCCAUCAUCUCCUCCCCUGGGGCCUUUCGAUGACAGCCAGGAAGCUAUGUUGUCUUCUGCCCGUGUGCCAAGUCCCUCAAAGAAGCCGGCUUUGACUCCACUCGAUCACCAGGAACACCCGUCCACUGACAUCCAGAAAUCCUGGGAGGAGGAUGUGUCUGAGAACACUUAUUCUCAACAACGUUCUGUGGCGUCUCCUCCACAGAGAUUCCCGCCGAAGCAGGUGUUGAACUACCAACCCCAGCGUCUAGACUCACCCCUCAGCGGUUCUCCGCUGGAAGGGCCGGUUUCACCUCUUACACCAGGAUUGGUGGCAGGCCUGCCAUCCCCUGGGAGACACUCGGUCUCAUCGGUGUCCCCGCCUUUAUCUCCUAUUGCUGGUGACAGCGAUCACAGAGGCAUCGACGCCGUACCUGCGUCGUUUGAGACUGCGUCUGCUGGAACACCGACUUGGAGCGAUGCUAGCUUGCGGUCGUACUUGGAUGACGAGAACGACAUCCGCGAUCUAUUUAUCAUUGUCCACGAUAACUCUAACAUCCCGCCUGCCGGUCCUGACCACCCGAUUACUGGCUGUCUCUUCAAGGAAGAGAGUAAGAGGCUAAGGGAGAUGACCAGCCAGCUGGAUGCGAUGCUCGCUGAGUGGGUAGGCCGGAGGACGCGGAGUGCGGCGAGCAAAUAAGCAGGUCUUUAGACUCGGGUACUUGGUGUACACUAGACUGGUCACAUCUGCAACUCCGGUUAUUCGCGCAAAUUCCAAGAGGACUGGUCAUUCUGUUCGCCAGGGGCUAACAAUGUGCUGGACGCAUGAACUUGGUUGGCCUAUGUUAUGGUCCCUCUUUCAAUCCGUCUCUCAUUCGGGGACUUGAUCAUACCUGCGCUGUCACUUGCAUAGCGCGACCCAUUCAUCCCGACGGGUGGUGAUCGGUCAUAUCUGACCUUGAUUUCGCUCUGACUUUCUACUUUGUAU